AUGGGUGUUAAUUCAAGUAAAGAUUCAGAAGUUCAAUUCCAAGAAAUUAUUUCCAAAUUUUCAGAAGAAGAAAGAAAUAUUCUUUUACAAGAUUUUAACAAAUUUAUUCCAGAUGGCUCAAAUCAAAAACAAUUAGGUGUAUUAGUUUCAAAUGUUAAAAAUCACUUACCUUCUGUUAUCGAAGAAGAUCUUAAAGAUGGAUUUGUGUUCUAUUUUCAAAUUCAAUCAACAAUAACAUCUUUAGAAAAGAAAAAAGAAGUUUCUCAUGAAAAAUUAGAGAGAUUUAUACAAACUUCUUCGUCCUCUUCAAUGUUAAUAACUAAAAUUGGAUUUUUUUCAGCUCUUAAGAAUCUAAUUAAAUCCUUACCAGAUGAGCAAUCACAAGCAAUUUAUAUUGUAGGUAGAUUGAUGCAAAGUAAAUUAAGAAAAUUUAUACAACAACUAAAACAUCAAGAAUCAGAAGAAGAGAACAAAGAAGUAUUACAUAAUCUUAUCAAAGAAUCAGAUGUAGAAGGAUAUUUCAAUGAAGGAUCAUUAAUGGAUUGGUACACAUCCAACACACAAUUUCAACAUUUAUUUAAUAUUUUGAUUAACAGAUUAUUCUUACAAAAAAUUAUAAAUUAUAAAUUAGCUGAUUUCAUUAACACACAAAGAAUCAAUAAUAAUUUAUCACCUGAAAUAAACUCACCGUUCAAAUUUCCUAAAUUUUCUAAUUUAUUAACACCGAGUGAUUAUUAUAUUUUAAAUCAUAAUUUGCCAAUAGAUUGUAGAACUCAAAAGCACUUCUUGUUGUUUUCUUCUAGAUUAAAUGGUGACAGUUGGUUUACUUUUGUUAAUUCUUUAUUAUAUAAAGGGUCAACAUUGAUUAUCAUCAAAGAUAAAGAUAAUUAUAUAUUUGGAGGUUUUGCUUAUGAUGAUUGGGAACAAAAUUCUAAAUUUUAUGGGACAGGAAGAAAUUUUCUAUUCACAAUUAAACCAAAAUUAAGAUGCUAUACUGCAUCAAGUUAUAAUGAGAAUUUUCAAUAUUUAAAUUUUGGGACAAAAACUUUACCCAAUGGAUUAGGAAUGGGUGGACAAUUUGGUUAUUGUGGAUUGUGGAUAAACGAAAAUUUUAUAAAUGGCCACUCAAAAGCAGAACCAUUAUCAUCAACGUACGCUAAUCCACAAUUAUCAAAAAAACAAGAAUUUAUAGUUGAGGAAAUUGAAGUUUGGUUGGUUAAACCUACUGAACGAGAUCUAGACGAGAUACCACCAGGAUCAAAACGCUCCAUAUUAGACAAAUCACCUGCUGAAUUGGAAUUAUUGGAGAUGGCAACUAAUAAGAAAUUCUAUUCUAAAGAUGUUAGAGAGCCUGAUGUUUUAUAUUUUGAUGAUGAUAACAUUGUUGAUUAA